GAAAUCGCAGCUGUGUGCUGUCUCACAGCUUUUCUCUGGAGGGAAGCUGGGGAGGCUUUGGCGGCUUAGGAGAACAUUUAACUUUGAUUUAACUGAGCGUUUUAAACCGUCCCAACAUGGCAGAGGAAAUUGAGGAAUUUGAGGAGGAAUUUGAGGAGGAAUUUGAGGAGGAGAUAAUCGAAGAGUAUGUUGAGCAGACUACCACAUCGACUGUCUCUGGGGAUUCUCAGAUGUCACAGUCUGGCCUGCCAACCAGGAAGGUCAGGAAGAAGGUCAAGGUGGACACUUCCAAGUUCAUGACUCCAUACCUGGCUCACAGCCAGAAGAUGCUGGAUCAGUACAGUCACAACGUGUACCGGAAGGCUUAUGAGAAGUCCAAAGGCCAGCCGAUCGCCUUCAUCGCUGAUACUCCUGAGAUGAUUCGCAUCAGGAAGGCUCAGGAGCAGCUCAGCGAGGUUAAAUACCGCAUGGAGGGCAACAAGACUCGGACAACCAGCUUGUACGGUGGUGAGGCCAGAGAGAUCGCCCACGUCAAGCACGUCUCUGAGCUGAUCAGCAAGGUUCUGUACAGACAGAAGUGGGAUGAGACUAAGGACCGGUACCUGCUGCCGCCCGAUGCUCCUGAGCUGGUGCUGGCUGUGAAGAAUGCUGCUAACUACAGCAAGAAACUGUACACGGAGGACUGGGAUCUGGAGAAGACCAUGUGCUACCCGUACAGCGACAGCCCCGAGCUGCGCAGGGUGGCCAAGGCUCAGGAAGUCCUCAGUGACAUCCGCUACAAGAAGGGUCACGAUCAGCGCAAGGCCAAGUACACCUCCCUGGCUGAUCCUCCUGAGUGUGAGCUGGCGAGGAAGGCGGCCAAUCAGCGCAGUGAUCUCAAAUACAAGGAGGAUUACAAUAAAAAUGUCAAGGGUCAGUGGUGCGAGACGCCAUACUUCGACGUGGCCACUGCCAGGGUGGCGAUGGAGAACUUAAGCAGUAAAAGAUACACGCAAGAUUGGGAGGAUAAGAAAGACCAAAUUUAUUUCAUGCAAACAGACACGCCCGUUUAUGGAACGAACAAGAAGGCUGGUAUUGCCUCUAGUGAGAUCAAAUACAAGAAGGAAUACGAGAAGCAGAAAGCUCAGGCGGACUACAACACGCUCCCUGCCACAGAGAACCCGCUCCUAAGACAGCUCAGAUAUGCUGGCACCAUCCUCAGUGAUAAAGUAUAUAAAUCCAGCUAUGAAAAGGCCAGGGGUUCAAGUAUCAACUACUGUGACACGCCCAAGUUUCAGAUGGAUUCCGUACUCAAAAAGUUCACUGAUUCACGUUACAAAGAGAAGUAUGAAAAUGAGGUGAAGGGUCACUACAUCGGCAGCUAUGAGGAUGUUUACAUGCUUCAUUGCCAGAAAAUGGAGGAAAUGAAGAGUGAGCAACAAUACAAAUCCGAUUAUGAAGACAUCAAGACAAGAUGCUUCUACCCUCAAACAAUGACGCCUGAAUAUGAAGUCAAUAAGAAGCUCCAGCAGUGUAAUGAUAAAGUUUACCGUCAACAUCCGGGCACCGUGAAAUUUACACAGGUGACGGAUUCACCAGUUCAGCUUCAAGCCGCCAUCAACGCCAAACAGCUGAGUGACAUCAACUACAAGGCCAAGUACGAGGACACUAAGUUCAAAAGCAAUCUGCCCCCAGACUAUCCCUUCUUCAUCCAGUCCAGAGUCAACGCCUUCAACCUUAGUGAUAACUGUUACAAGUACGAUUGGGAGAAAUCUAAAGCCAAAAAGUUUGAGGUCAGGGGCGACGCCAUCUCGAUCCUUGCUGCCCGCGCUCACACCAACAUCGCCAGUGAUGUCAAGUAUAAGAAGGCGUAUGAGAAGAACAAGGGCCAGAUGGUGGGAGCCCUCAGCAUUAAUGACGAUCCCAAGAUCCUGCACUCUGUUCGCGUGGCCAAAAUCCAGAGUGAACGUGAAUACAAGAAGGACUAUGAAAAGAUCAAGACCAAGUACCACUCUCCACUGGACAUGAUGUCGGUCACCUUGGCCAAGAAAUCCCAGGGCAUUGCCAGCAUGGCCGGGUACAGGAGCAUCAACCCCCACUACUUCCUGCCCCCCGACAGCAUCCUUUUGGAACUGGCCAAGAAGUCCAACAUCAUCCAGAGCAAUAAUGAGUACAAGUCGGACUACAACAGCUACACCAAGGGUUCUGCAUGGAUCCCCUGGGGCUCUUUGGAGGUGGAGAAAAAUAAGAAAGCUGGUGAUAUCCUUAGUGAGAGAAAGUACAGACAGCUCCCGGACACCAUCCCCUUCACCUCUAUCGACGAUCACCCCGUCAUGAUGCAGGCCAAAGUGAACCAGCUUAUGAGGAGUGAUCGGUUCUACAAGAGAGGUCUGGAGGAGGUCCAUCAGAAGUACUCUCUGCCUCCUGAUGUCCCUGAGUUCCUGCAGGCCAAGUGCAACGCUUACAACAUCAGCAAGAACACUUACAAGUAUGCCUGGGAGGAGUUGAUUGCUAAAGGCUAUGACCUGAAGCCCGAUGCUAUCUCUAUUAUCGCCGCCAAAAAGGCCAGACAUGCCGCCAGUGAUAUCCAGUAUAAGAAGGCCUACGAGAAGGCCAGAGGACACCAUGUGGGCUUCCGCAGCAUCAAGGACGACCCCCUGCUGGUCCACUACAUGCAGGUGGCUAAGAUGCAGAGUGAGAAGAACUACAAGAAGGACUACCACAAGGCCAAGCUGAAGUACCACUCCCCAGUGGACAUGAUGAGUCUGACCCAGGCCAAACACGCCUCACGUGUUCAGACCUUCACCGGCUACAGGAAGAUCCCUAACGGCUACCAGAUCCUGCCUGACAACUUGAACGUGCAGCGGUGCCGCAACAUGAUGGAGAUUCAGAGUGAUGUUAACUACAAAAUGGACUAUGAGACCUCAGUGAAGGGAACUGGCUGGAUUCCCAUUGGUUCCAUUGCUGUGGAAAAAGCCAAGGUGGCUGGAGCAGCUCUGAAUGAGUCAAAGUACCGCCAGCACCCGGACACCUUCAAGUUCACCAGUACCUCAGACUCCAUGAACAUGAUGCUGGUCAAGUCCAACACCAAGAUCAUGAACGCGAAAGAGUAUAAGGCCAGUGGAGAGAAGUUUAUGCACACCUACCAUCUCCCUGCUGACGUCCCUGAACUGAUGCAAGCCAGAUACAACGCUGUCAACAUCAGCAAGAAUUACUACACCUACGCUCAUCGUCAAGAUCUGCUCAAAGGACACCACGUGAAGGAAGAUGCCAUUUCCGUUACUGCGGCAAAAUUGUCCACCAACAUCGCCAGUGAUUACAAAUACAAGCUGGCUCAUGAAAAGGCAAAGGGACACCAUGUCGGCUACCGCAGCAUCAAGGACGACCCCCUGCUGGUCCACUACAUGCACGUGGCUAAGAUGCAGAGUGAGAAGAACUACAAGAAGGACUACCACAAGGCCAAGCUGAAGUACCACUCCCCAGUUGACAUGAUGAGUCUGACCCAGGCCAAACAAGCCUCACGUGUUCAGACCUUCACCGGCUACAGGAAGAUCCCUAACGGCUACAUGCUCCUGCCUGACAACUUGAACGUGCAGCGGUGUCGCACCAUGAUGGAGAUUCAGAGUGAUAAUCUCUACAAGUCAGAGUACAGCAACUUCACCAAAGGCACCGGAUGGAUCCCUAUUGGUUCUAUUGAUGUGGAGAAGGCCAAAACUGCCACAAAAGCCCUGAAUGAAACAGGCUACCGCCAGCACCCAAGCUCUUUCAAAUUCACCAGCAAGACUGAUGCCAUGAACAUGACUCUGGCCAUGGCCAACACCAAGAUCAUGGAUCAGUCUUCAUACAAAGCUUCUGGAGAGAAGUUCAUGCACACCUAUAAUCUGCCGGGUGACAGCCCUCAGUUCCUUCAGGCUAAAUUCAACGCCCAGACCCUUAGCGAGAGUCACUACAAGCAGAAGUGGCUGGAAGAUAUUGCCAAGGGAUACGACAUGAAGCCUGAUGCCAUUUCUGUCCUGCACGCCAAGCGUGGCAGACAUAUUGCCAGCGAUAUCCAAUAUAAGAAAGAAUUCGAGAAGGCAAAGGGACACCAUGUGGGCUUCCGCAGCAUCAAGGACGACCCCCUGCUGGUCCACUACAUGCAGGUGGCUAAGAUGCAGAGUGAGAAGAACUACAAGAAGGACUACCACAAGGCCAAGCUGAAGUACCACUCCCCAGUGGACAUGAUGAGUCUGACCCAGGCCAAACAAGCCUCACGUGUUCAGACCUUCACCGGCUACAGGAAGAUCCCUAAAGGCUACAUGCUCCUGCCUGACAACUUGAACGUGCAGCGGUGUCGCACCAUGAACACCCAGUCAAGUGAUUGUGACUACAAGUCUGAUUGGAACAACUCUGUCAGAGGCACUGGAUGGAUCCCUAUCGGCUCAAUUGGAGUUGAGACUGCUAAAGUUGGCGGUCUGAUUCAGAGUGACAACAGGUACCGCACCCACCCCUCCACCUUCAAGUUCAGCAAGCUGAUGGACUCCAUGGAUCUGACUCUGGCUACUGCCAACAACAAGAUCAUGAACAAGCAAGCAUACACUUCAGCUUGGGAAAAGGACAAGCUGAGCAUCCACGUCAUGCCAGAUGCUCCUGAGAUCAUCCUGGCCAAGGCUAAUGCCCUCAACAUGAGCAACAAACUUUACAAAGCUGAUGUUAUGAAGAUGGCCAAUAAGGGCCACAACCUCAAAGCAGACGCCAUCCCGAUUUUGGCCGCCAAAUUGGGAACUAGAAUUGCCAGUGACUACAAGUACAAGCUGGCUUACGAGAAGGCCAGAGGACACCAUGUCGGCUUCCGCAGCAUCAAGGACGACCCCCUGCUGGUCCACUAUAUGCACGUGGCUAAGAUGCAGAGUGAGAAGAACUACAAGAAGGACUACCACAAGGCCAAGCUGAAGUACCACUCCCCAGUUGACAUGAUGAGUCUGACCCAGGCCAAACAAGCCUCACGUGUUCAGACCUUCGCUGGAUACAGAUCGAUCCAGCACACUUACUCUCUCCUCCCUGAUGCAAUCAACCUGAAGCUCGCUCGCACCAUGACUACCCAAGCUAGUGAUUGUGACUACAAGUCUGAUUGGAACAACUUUGUCAGAGGCACUGGAUGGAUCCCUAUCGGCUCAAUUGGAGUUGAGACUGCUAAACUUGGCGGUCUGAUUCAGAGUGACAACAGGUACCGCACCCACCCCUCCACCUUCAAGUUCAGCAAGCUGAUGGACUCCAUGGAUCUGACUCUGGCUACUGCCAACAACAAGAUCAUGAACAAGCAAGCAUACACUUCAGCUUGGGAAAAGGACAAGCUGAGCGUCCACGUCAUGCCAGAUGCUCCUGAGAUCAUCCUGGCCAAGGCUAAUGCCCUCAACAUGAGCAAUAAACUUUACAAAGCCGGUGUUGUGGCGAUGGCCAAUAAGGGCUACCACCUCAAAGGAGAUGCCAUCGCAAUUUUGGCUGCCAAGUCUGGAACCAGGAUUGCCAGUAAUUACAAGUACAAGCUGGCUUACGAGAAGGCCAGAGGACACCAUGUCGGCUUCCGCAGCAUCAAGGACGACCCCCUGCUGGUCCACUACAUGCAGGUGGCCAAACUGCAGAGCGACAAGAACUACAAGAAGGACUACCACAAGUCCAAGCUGAAGUAUCACUCCCCAGUGGACAUGAUGAGUCUGACCCAGGCCAAACACGCCUCACGUGUUCAGACCUAUGCUGGAUACAAGCAGUCCAACCCACACUACACUGUGAUGCCCGACGCCAUGAACCUGCAACUCGCUCGUAACAUGCAGUUCAUCGCCAGUGAUAACCAGUACAAGAGUGAUUAUGAAAGCUUCGUUAAGGGAUCAGGAUGGGUCCCCAUUGGAUCGAUCGAUGUUGAGAAAGCAAAACUAGCUGGCCGUAUCUUCAGCGAACCCCAAUACCGUCAGCCUGCCAGUAACUUCAAAUUCACCAAAGACAUGCACUCCAUGGAUCUCAUGCUGGCCACCGCCAACAACAAGAUCAUGAAUAAGCAAUCCUACACCACUGCCUGGGACAAAGCCAAGACUUCGAUCCACAUCAUGCCUGAUGCUAUGGACAUUGUUCUUGCCAAAGCAAACAAGAGGAACGUCAGUGAGAAACUGUACAGAUUGGACCAUGAGCUGUCCAAGAAGAAGGGCCAUCAUCUUCGUGGAGAUGCCAUUUCAGUCCUUGCUGCCAAAUCUUCCACUACUAUUGCUAGUGAUCAUAAGUACCACACAGGAUACCGUAAGCAGGUGGGCCACCACAUCGGAGCUCGCUGCGUCCAGGACGAUCCUCUGCUCAUGCUAGCUCUGAACUCAGCCAAGAUUGCCAGUGACGCUCUGUACAAGAAGGACUUCAACAAGUCCAAGACCAAGUUCAACCUGCCAGUGGACAUGAUCGCCUUUGCGUUGGCCAAGAAGAACCAGAUCCAGGUCAACCACGCCAACUACAUCACCCGCCUCCACAACUGGACUUGCCUGCCUGACUCCAACGACGUGGUCCAGGCCAGACGUGCAUAUGAAAUACAGAGUGAUGCUGUGUACAAGGAGGACUUCAAGAUGCUGCAGGGUAUCGGAUGGGUUCCAAUAGGUUCACUGGAUGUUGAGAAGGCAAAGAAAGCCGGUGACGCUCUGAAUGAGAGGAAGUAUCGUCAACACCCAAGCAACUUCAAAUUCAAACUCACCACUGAAGACAUGUCCCUGGUGUUGGCUAAGGCCAAUAACCAGGUCAUGAACAAGCAAGCUUACACUCAAGCCUGGGAGAAAGACAAGACAACCGUCCAUGUCAUGCCUGAUGCCAUUGAUAUUCAACUCGCCAAAGCAAACAAAUCCAACUACAGUUUGAAAAUGUACAAGCAGGCAAAUGAAGACGCCAAGAAGAAGGGCUACGACCUGCGCAAUGAUGCCAUUUCCAUCAUCGCAGCCAAGAAGACCAGGGAUAUUGCCAGUGAUCACAAGUACCAUGAAGGAUACCGCAAGCAGGUCGGCCACCACAUCGGAGCUCGCUGCGUCCAGGACGAUCCUCUGCUCGUCUUGGCUCUGAACUCAGCCAGGAUUGCCAGUGACGCUCUGUACAAGAAGGACUUCAACAAGUCCAAGACCAAGUUCAACCUGCCUGUGGACAUGAUCGCCUUUGCGCUGGCCAAGAAGAACCAGAUCCAGGUCAACCACGCCAACUACAUCACCCGCCUCCACAACUGGACUUGUCUUCCAGACUCUAAUGAUGUGGUCCAGGCCAGACGUACAUAUGCCAUCAGGAGUGAUGCUGUGUACAAGGAGGACUUCAAGAUGAUGCAGGGUAUCGGAUGGGUGCCAAUAGGUUCACUGGAUGUUGAGAAGGCAAAGAAAGCCGGUGACGCUCUGAGUGAGAGGAAGUAUCGUCAACACCCAAGCAACUUCAAAUUCAAAAUCACCACUGAUGACAUGUCCCUGGUGUUGGCUAAGGCCAAUAACCAGGUCAUGAACAAGAAAGCAUACUCUGACGCCUGGAACAAUGACAAGACAACGAUCCACAUCAUGCCUGACUCUAUGGAUGUUCUUCUAGCCAAAGCAAACAAUGUCAACUACAGUUUGAAAAAGUACAAGCAGGCAAAUGAAGACUCCAAGAAGAAGGGCUAUGACCUGCGCAACGAUGCCAUUUCCAUCAUCGCAGCCAAGAAGACCAGGGAUAUUGCCAGUGAUCACAAGUACCAUGAAGGAUACCGUAAGCAGGUGGGCCACCACAUCGGGGCUCGCUGCGUCCAGGACGAUCCUCUGCUCGUCUUGGCUCUGAACUCAGCCAGGAUUGCCAGUGACGCUCUGUACAAGAAGGACUUCAACAAGUCCAAGACCAAGUUCAACCUCCCUGUGGACAUGAUCGCCUUUGCGCUGGCCAAGAAGAACCAGAUCCAGGUCAACCACGCCAACUACAUCACCCGCCUCCACAACUGGACUUGCCUGCCUGACUCCAACGAUGUGGUCCAGGCCAGACGCACAUAUGCCAUCAGGAGUGAUGCUGUGUACAAGGAGGACUUCAGGAUGAUGCAGGGUAUCGGAUGGGUGCCAAUAGGUUCACUGGAUGUUGAGAAGGCAAAGAAAGCCGGUGACGCUCUGAAUGAGAGGAAGUAUCGUCAACACCCAAGCAACUUCAAAUUCAAGCUCACCACUGAUGACAUGUCCCUGGUGUUGGCUAAGGCCAAUAACCAGGUCAUGAACAAGAAAGCAUAUUCUGACGCCUGGAACAUCGAGAAGACCAAGAUCCACAUCAUGCCUGACUCUAUGGAUGUUCUUCUAGCCAAAGCAAACAAUGUCAACUACAGUUUGAAAAAGUACAAGCAGGCAAAUGAAGACUCCAAGAAGAAGGGCUACGACCUGCGCAACGAUGCCAUUUCCAUCAUCGCAGCCAAGAAGACCAGGGAUAUUGCCAGUGAUCACAAGUACCAUGAAGCAUACCGCAAGCAGGUGGGCCACCACAUCGGGGCUCGCUGCGUCCAGGACGAUCCUCUGCUCGUCUUGGCUCUGAACUCAGCCAGGAUUGCCAGUGACGCUCUGUACAAGAAGGACUUCAACAAGUCCAAGACCAAGUUCACUCCUGUGGACAUGAUCGCCUUUGCGCUGGCCAAGAAGAACCAGAUCCAGGUCAACCACGCCAACUACAUCACCCGCCUCCACAACUGGACUUGCCUGCCUGACUCCAACGAUGUGGUCCAGGCCAGACGUACAUAUGCCAUCAGGAGUGAUGCUGUGUACAAGGAGGACUUCAGGAUGAUGCAGGGUAUCGGAUGGGUGCCAAUAGGUUCAUUGGAUGUUGAGAAGGCAAAGAAAGCCGGUGACGCUCUGAAUGAGAGGAAGUAUCGUCAACACCCAAGCAACUUCAAAUUCAAAAUCACCACUGAUGACAUGUCCCUGGUGUUGGCUAAGGCCAAUAACCAGGUCAUGAACAAGCAACUCUACACCGCGGCAUGGGAGAAAGACAAGACCAAGCUGCACAUCAACCCUGACACACCUGAGAUCGUCCUCGGUCAGCAGAACGCUAUCACCAUGAGCAAGAAACUCUACAGACAAGGUUACGAGGCGACCAUCAACAAAGGCUAUUACCUUCCCGGGGAUGCGAUCUCUGUAAAGGCUGCUAAGUCUUCCAGAGACAUCAUCAGUGAUUACAAGUACAAGACAGGAUACCGUAAGCAGGUCGGCCACCACAUCGGUGCUCGCUGCGUCCAGGAGGAUCCCCUGAUCAUGCUGGCUCUGAACUCAGCCAGGAUCGCCAGUGACGCUCUGUACAAGAAGGACUUCAACAAGUCCAAGACCAAGUUCCACCUGCCCGUAGACAUGCUGAAUAUUGAACUGGCCAAGAAGUGCCAGAUCCAGGUCAACGACUUCAACUACAGGACUCACCUGCACAACUGGACCUGCCUGCCCGACUCCAACGACGUGGUGCAGGCCAGGAAAGCGUAUGACCUGCAGAGCGAUGCUGUAUACAAAGCUGACAAGGAUGAGGUGAUAGGCGUCGGAUGGAUCCCCAUAGGUUCAGUUGAUGUGGUGAAGGCGAAGCACGCUGGAAAGAUUCUCAGCGAACAUCUCUACAGGCUGAAACCAGACAAGCAGAAAUUCACCACGGACAUGUCUUCCAUGUCCAUGGUCUUGGCCAAAGCAAAUGCUGGCAUCAUCAACAAGAAAAACUAUGUCGCAGCUUGGGAGGCCGACAAAGUCAAGAACCAUGUUAUCCCAGACUUACCCGAGAUUCUGCUCUCGAGAGCGAAUGCUCACAACAUCAGCAACAAAAACUACAGGGAAGAUGUUGAGAAGAUGUUCAGAAAGGGCUACGACAUGAAGUCUGAUGCUGUCUCCAUUGUUGCCGCCAAAAAAGGAAGAGAAAUCAUCAGUGAUUACAAGUACAAGACAGGAUACCGUAAGCAGGUCGGCCACCACAUCGGUGCUCGCUGCGUCCAGGAGGAUCCCCUGAUCAUGCUGGCUCUGAACUCAGCCAGGAUCGCCAGUGACGCUCUGUACAAGAAGGACUUCAACAAGUCCAAGACCAAGUUCAACCUGCCAGUGGACAUGCUGAAUCUUGAGCUGGCCAAGAAGUGCCAGAUCCAGGUCAACGACUUCAACUACAGGACUCACCUGCACAACUGGACCUGCCUCCCCGACUCCAACGACGUGGUGCAGGCCAGGAAGGCUUACAACCUGAAGAGUGACGCUGUUUAUAAGGCUGAUAUGGAGUGGAUCAGGGGAACCGGUUGGGUGCCAAUAGGUUCAGUUGAGGUCGAGAAAGUCAAGAAAGCAGGAGAGAUCCUGAGUGAGAGGAAGUACCGCGAGCAUCCCAGCAAAUUCAAGUUCACCGCCAAGACAAGUGACAUCCCGUAUGCCCUUGCUACGGCCAAUGCCCAUAUCAUGGACAAGAAAGCGUACACUUCCGCCUGGGAAACGGAUAAGAUCCAACUUCACAUCAAUCCUGACACCCCAGAGAUCCUCCUGGGCAAGCAGAACCAAAUCAACACCAGUCUGAAACAAUACCGUGAAGGCUAUAUGGACACCAUCAACAAAGGCUACUACCUCCCCAAAGAUGCCAUUUCUGUUUUGGCCGCUAGGGCAUCCCGAAACAUCAUCAGUGAUUACAAAUACAAGGCCGGUUUCCGUAAGCAGUGUGGCACUCACAUCGGUGCGCUCAGCGUCAAAGAUGACCCGCUGAUCAUGCUGGCAGCUAAUGCCGCCAAGAUCUUCAGUGACAACAUGUACAGGAGGGACUUCCACAAGACCAAGACCAAGUACAACCUGCCAGGAGACAUGCUGAGUCUCCAGCUGGCCAAGAAGUGCCAGAGCCAGGUCAACCACACCAACUACAUCACCCGCCUGCACAACUGGACCUGCCUGCCAGAUUCCACCGAUGUGGUCCAUGCUAAGAAGGUCUACAGCUUGCACAGCGAUGCCGCGUACAGAUCUGAUAUGGAGUGGCUGAGGGGAUGCGGAUGGUCCCCACAGGACUCAGUGGACGUCGUCAAAGCUAAACACGGCAUGAAUAUCUUCAACGAGAGGCUCUACCGCCAGCCCCCGAGCACCGUGAAGUUCACCAGUGUGGCCGACCUCCCGGCGAUGGUCCUGUCCAAGCAGAACGCUAUCAACAUCAGUGAUACGAAAUAUAAGGAACUCUGGGAUAAGGACAAGCUCAACUUCCACAUGCCGCCCGACGCCCCCGGCUUUGUUCUGUCCAAGGCUAACGCUGUCAGCAUCAGCAAUAAACUUUACACAAAGAGUUGGGAUGAGCAGAAGGCCAAGGGCUACCACAUCAAGGAGGAUGCUAUCGCUGUGCUGAAGGCCAGAAAGUCCAGGGAUAUCAUCAGUGAUUACAAGUACAAGACAGGAUACCGUAAGCAGGUGGGCCACCACAUCGGUGCUCGCUGCGUCCAGGAGGAUCCCCUGAUCAUGCUGGCUCUGAACUCAGCCAGGAUCGCCAGUGACGCUCUGUACAAGAAGGACUUCAACAAGUCCAAGACCAAGUUCCACCUCCCAGUGGACAUGCUGAAUAUUGAACUGGCCAAGAAGUGCCAGAUCCAGGUCAACGACUUCAACUACAGGACUCACCUGCACAACUGGACCUGCCUCCCCGACUCCAACGACGUGGUGCAGGCCAGGAAGGCUUACGACCUGCAGAGUGAUGCUGUGUACAGAGCUGAUAUGGAAUGGAUCCGUGGAUGUGGAUGGAUACCACAUGAGUCCGUGGAUGUGAUAAGGGUGAAGAACGCACAGAAGGUCCUGGCUGAUAGAGGCUACCGUGUGAAGCUGGAUACGCAGAAGUACAUCGUCCCCACUGACAGAGUGGACAUGCUCUGUGCCAAGAAUGCUGCUAAUGUCCUCAACGAGGCCAAAUAUCGUGAGGCUUGGCACAAGGACAAGACCAAGUACUCUGUUCCAGACACUCCAAUUCUCGCCACAGCCAGAGAGGUGGCUAAGAACCUUCACCCGAAACUGUACACCAAAGCCUGGGAUAAGGUCAAAGCCACGGGCUACUUCAUGCCUGGAGACGCUGUACCAAUCAAGCAGUGCAUCUCCACGAGCAAAGUGCAGAGUAAACAUAAGUACCUUGAAUCCUACCGUAAGCAGGUGGGCCACCACAUCGGUGCUCGCUGCGUCCAGGACGACCCUCUGAUCAUGCUGGCUCUGAACUCAGCCAGGAUCGCCAGUGACGCUCUGUACAAGAAGGACUUCAACAAGUCCAAGACCAAGUUCCACCUGCCCGUGGACAUGCUGAAUAUCGAGCUGGCCAAGAAGUGCCAGAUCCAGGUCAACGACUUCAACUACAGGACUCACCUGCACCAGUGGACCUGCCUGCCCGACUCCAACGACGUGGUGCAGGCCAGGAAGGUCUACGACCUGCAGAGUGAUAGUGUGUAUAAGGCUGAUAUGGAAUGGAUCCGAGGCUGCGGCUGGAUGCCCGCUGAGUCCGUCCACCACGUCAAAGCCAGGAAGGCCCAGGAGAUUCUCAACGACAGACACUACAAGCAGGGUGCCAAGGACGGAUUCAGUAAAUUCACCCUCAUCGUGGACCGUCCGGAGCUCAUCUUGGCGCGAGUGAACGCUGCUAACCUCAGCGAUCUGAAGUACAAAGAGACCUUCAACGCAGAAAAGGGUCAUUAUAUCGGUUCAGAAGACACUCCUCAACUGGCCCACAGCAGGGAAGUGUGCAAGAACAUCAGCGAGAAAACAUACAAACAUCAAUGGGACGAGUCCAAGGCUACAGGCUACAAGCUGGACCACCACUACAUCCCACUUCUCAGCAGCAAGAAGGGCAGGGAGAUCAUUAGUGACGCCAAGUACCAUGAGCUCCAUGAGAAGGCGAAGGGUCACUACAUGGCCGAGACCCUAGUGGACUUCCCUGAGGUGAUGCGCUGUGGAGGACAGGAGAAGAACAAGGGACUGAGGCUCUACAAUAAGGACUACCACAACACCAAGACCAAGAACCACAUCCCACCGGACAUCAUCGCCAACAAGGUGGCCAAGCGCAGCCAGGACAUGCUGAGCGAAGUGCUCUACCGCACCUACCUGCACCAGUGGACCUGCCACCCCGAGCAGGAGGACGCCAUCCGCGCCCGCAAGACCAACGAGAUUCUCAGCGAUGUGUUCUACAAGGACGACCUGAACUGGAUGAAGGGAAUGGGUUGCUUCGUCUGGGACACCCCGGAGAUCCUUCGUGCCAAGAAGUCCUACGAGCAGCAGAGCGAGCUUAAAUACAGAGAGGCGGCCAAGAAGGAGUUCAACAACUACUCCAUUGUGACUGACACCCCAGCCUAUGUGACUGCCAUCCUGGGUAACACCUGGGCUAGUGAUCUCAACUACAGGGAGGCCUAUCAUAAGGAGAAGCACUUGUACACCACCGUUCUGGAUACCUACGACUACGCCAAAUGCCGCAACUUCAAGCACUACUUCAGCAACAAAAACUACAAGGCCGCCUGGGACAAAAUCAAAGACAAGAGCUACCAGAUCCCCCACGACUCUCACGCCCUGCAACACGCCAAGCUGCAGAAAGUUAUCCUCAGCGGCGUCAAGUACAAGGAGGACUACGAGAAGUUCAAAUCCCUCUACAGUCUGCCCAAGUGCCUCGAGGACGAUCCCGCCACCGCUCGCUGCGUCAAAGCCGGAAAGCUGGUGCUCGAUCGUCUGUACAAGCAGGACUAUGAGAAGACCAAGGCCAAGAACCACAUCCCUCCAGACAUGCUGGAGAUCCUGUCCGCCCGCAAGACCCAGUCCACCGUCAGCGGGAUCCACUACCGCAAGUAUCUGCACCAGUGGAUCUGCCUGCCCGACAUGCAGGUGUACACCCAGGCGCGCAAGGUCAACGAGCAGCUCAGCGACAUCUUCUACAAGGAUGAUCUGAACUGGCUGAGGGGAAUCGGUUGUUACGCCUGGGACACUCCGGAGAUCCUCCGCGUCAAGAACGCUGAUAACCUUCAGAGCGAGAACAAGUACAGAGCCAAGGGUAUCGAGUCCUUCAAGGACUACACGGUGGUGAUGGACACUCCGGUGUACGAGACUUCAAAGCAGAACUCUGAGAACCUGAGCGAUCUGCACUACCGCUACGAUUACAACGCCAACGUGAAGGGCACGAACACCGCUCCUGCUGUCACCAUCGACACUCAGAGGGCCGCCCUGGCUAACUACAUCCAGAGCGAUAACUUGUACAAGCAGGCCAACAAGAGUUCAAUGCCCACCGGAUACUCUCUGCCCAAGGACACACCGCUCAUCAAACAGGCUAAGCUGAACAGCCUUGUCACCAGCAAUGUGAAGUACAAGGAAGCCUAUGAGAUGAUGAAGGCCAAGGCCUACACUCUUCAUCCCGAGGGAGUCAACUUCGUCCUCUCAAGGAAGGCUAACAAGAUCACCAACGAGCGCCUGUAUCGGGAGCUGUACCACAAGCAAAAGGACAAGAUCCACACAACCUACAACACCCCCGACAUCAAACAAGUCAAGAUGAACCAGACGAACCUCAGCGACUUGUUCUACAGAGAGAAGUACAACAACAGCAAAGGUCAGCUGAUCUCUCUGCCCAUCACACCCCAGCUGAUGCAUUGCUACCACGUCAACCAGAUCACCAGCGAGCUGAAAUACAAAGAGGAUCUGACUUGGCUGAGAGGCGUUGGCUGCUUCCUGUACGACACCCCGGAGAUGGUCCACGUCCGCAACAUCACUAAACAAAGGGUGACCUAUCCAGUGGAAGCCAAGAAGAACCUUGCCAACUUCUCCGUGGUCCUGGACACACCCGAGUAUAACCGCGUCACUGAGCUGAAGACCCACAUGAGCGGCAUGAUCUACAAAGCCCAGGCCAAGGAGGAAAUGUCCAAGGUCUCCACCACCGUGGACUCAGUGGACAUCAAGAGAGCCAAAUGGGCCCAGCUGCUGACGAACAACUUCCAGUACACCAGCCUGGCUUCCAAGGAGAGAACUCAUUUCACUCCAGAGUAUGAAACACCAUCCAUGGAUCAUUCUAGGAAAAUGAAAGUGGUGUGCAGUGACAACAAAUACAAAGACCAGUAUGAGAAGAUGAAGCACAGGUACACCGCCAUCGCUGAUACUCCUCUCCUGAUCCGCGCCAAGAAAGCCUACCUGCAGUCCAGCGAUCUGCGUUACAAAGAGACCUUCGAGCUCGCCAAGGGCCACUACCACACCGUGAAGGACGCUCUGGACAUCACCUACCACCGCAGAGUCACUGACGACAUCAGCGAGGUUAAAUACAGGGAGAAGUACAUCAACUCUCUGGGUACCUGGAAGUCCAUCCCCGACCGCCCUGAGUUCUUCUUCAGCAAAAUGGCCAACGACAACGUCAGCAGCGUGAAGUACAAGGAGGACCUGGAGUGGCUGAGGGGUGUCGGCUGCUUCGUGUGGGACACACCUGAGCUGGUGACAGCUGAGAAGAACAAGAAGCUGUACAGUGAGAGAGUGUACAAAGCGUCCUUUGAGAAGAACAGAGGAAACUUCAAGUAUACCUGCGACUCGCCGUUCUUCCAGGCCGCCAAGUACGCCUCCACCCUGAUCGACGAGGCAAGGUAUAAAUCAAGAGCAAAGAGUCUUCUUAAGAGCGGUUGCAAUGAGCUACACCGCCCUGACAUCCUCUCAGCUCUUUACCAGACCACUUUGAGCAGUAAGUGGAGGUACAGGGAGCAGUAUGAGCAUGCAAAGGACAAGUUCACCUCAGUCCUGGAGACUCCAGAGUACGAGGCCCACAAACGCAGCAAGAAGAUCCAUGAUAUCAUCUACAAAAUGGAGUACAACAAGACCAAGGCCAAGGGAUACACCUUGCCUUACGACACCCCACACCAGCAGCACAUGAAGAGAGUGAAGGACAUCACCAGCAACCUGAAGUACAGAGAAGUGUAUGAGAAGAGCAAGGCCCAGAUCAACAUGGACCCCGAGGCUCAUUCGAUCCGUGCUGCCAAGGAGGCCUACAAGAACAUCAGCAAUCUUGACUACAGGAAGAAGUAUGAAGCCACCAAGAACAAGUGGAUCUGGACAACAGACAGACCCGACUUCCUCAAUAAUGCCAAGAACAGCUUGCAACAGAGUGAUGUUGAGUACAAGUAUGACAAAGAGUCGAUGAAGGGCUGUGUGAUCCCCGUGGUGGAUGACAAGUUGACCCUCCUGGCGAUGAAGAAUGCUGAAAUGUCCAGUGAGGUGAAGUACAGAGAGAAGUAUGAGAAGUCAAAGGGCCACUACGUGCCCGUCAGCGACACUCCUCAGAUCCUCCAUGCCAAGGCGGUGCGCACUUUGGCAUCAGAGAGCAAAUACAAGGAGGCCAGUAAGAAGGAAAUGCAGUCCGGCUCAUUCACCACCCUGUCCGAGACGCGUGACACCGUGCACAGCAAGGAGAUCAACAAGCUCAUCAGCGGGAAAUUGUACAAAGCGAAGUUUGAGAAGGAUAAGGGCAAGUCUAUUUACAACAACAUGAUCGUUCCACCGGAUGUUCAGCACGCCAUGGGAGUGGCCAAGAGCCAGAGCAACAUUCAAUACAAGAAAGAUGCCAAAGCCAACCUGCACUACACUAGUGUGGUGGACCGUCCCGACAUCAGGAAGGCUACCCAGGCUGCCAAGCUGAUCAGUGAUGUGGGUUAUCGUGAUAAGGCCCGUGAGGCGGCCAGCCGUGGAGGCUCUCUCGCCCACCGCCCAGACAUCGCUCUGGCCACUGAGGUGUCCAAGCUGACCAGCCAGGUGGAGGCCAAGCCCUCCUCCCAUGGAGCAGCUUCCUAUGAUACCCCCCAGAUGCGCCACAUUAAGAAAAUGAGUGCCGUGACUAGUGAUCUGAAAUACAAGGAGAAGUUUGACAAGGAGAUGAAGGGAAGGAAACCGCAGUAUGACCUGAAGAACAGUAAGAUUUACCAGACCCUGAAGGAUGCCAGUGUGCUGGCUAGUGAGGUGAAGUACAAGGGUGACCUGAAGAAGCUCCACAAGCCUGUGACCGACAUGGCAGAGUCUCUGUCCAUGCAGCACAACCUGAGCACCAGCAAACUGUCCAGCACCUACUGCUACAAGAAGAAAUUUGAGGAGAGUAAGGGUCACUACCACAUGAUCGCUGACACACCAGAACAGAUCCAUCACAAGGAGGCCUCUGAGCUCCAGAGCAACGUGAAAUACAAGGAGAAGUAUGAGAAGGAGAAGGGGAAGGCCAUGCUGGACUUUGAGACCCCGACAUAUGUGACUAAUAAGGAGUCUCAGCACAUGCAGAGCCAGAAAGACUAUAAGAAGGACUUUGAGGAGAACAUGAGGGGCAAGAACCUCUCAGGCCUCGAGGUGACCCCUGCCAUGACGCAUGUCAGGCACGCCACCAAAAUAAUGAGCGAGAAAGAGUACAGGAGGGAUCUAGAGGAGGGAGUGAAGGGUAAAGGGCUAACUUUACUGGAGGAAACUCCGGAGCUUUUGAGAGCAAGGAAUGCCACUCAAAUCCUCAGCGAGAGAGAGUACAAGAAGUCGCUGGAAUCUGAGAUUAAGGGCAGGGGAAUGUUGGCUUUGGCUACAGACACUCCCGACUUCAUGAGGGCGAGGAACGCGACUGACAUCCUCAGUCAGUCUAAGUACAAGCACACCGCUGAGAUGGACAGGGCGAGCUACACGAGUGUCAUCGACACCCCGGACAUCAUCCACGCCCAGCAGAUGAGGAACAUUGUCAGCCAGAAAAAGUACAAAGAGGAGGCUGAGAAGACCAUGUCUCACUAUGUGCCGGUGCUGGACACUCCAGAGAUGCUGAGAGUCCGUGAGAACCAGAAGAACUUCAGCACUCAUCAGUACCAGAUUGACCAUAAAAACAUAAAGGGCAAAGUGUCUACUAUAAAGGACACUCCUGAAAUGCUCCGUGCUAAAGAGAAUACAAAGAAUUACAGCUUGAUUCAGUACAAAGAGGAUUUGGGAGGAGGAACAGCUUUAUCCGAGACCCCCGAGAUGGAGAGGGUUAAACGCAACCAGCGCAACAUUAGCACGAUUCAGUACAAGGACUCUUUGGGUCAAGGCACGUCCAUACCAGAUCUGCCCGAGGUGAAGCGGGUCCGAGAAACCCAGAAGAAUAUCAGCUUGAUUCAAUACAAAACAGGAGUGGAGCAAGGCACGUCAGUCUCAGAGACCCCCGAGAUGGAGAGGGUUAAACGCAAUCAGCACAACAUUAGCACGAUUCAAUACAAAACAGGAGUGGAGCAAGGCACGUCAGUCUCAGAGACCCCCGAGAUGGAGAGGGUUAAACGCAAUCAGCACAACAUUAGCACGAUUCAGUACAAGGACUCUUUGGGUCAAGGCACGUCCAUACCAGAUCUGCCCGAGGUGAAGCGGGUCCGAGAAACCCAGAAGAAUAUCAGCUUGAUUCAGUACAAGGACUCUUUGGGCCAAGGCACGUCUAUACCAGAUCUGCCCGAGGUGAAGCGGGUCCGAGAAACCCAGAAGAAUAUCAGCUUGAUUCAAUACAAAACAGGAGUGGAGCAAGGCACGUCAGUCUCAGAGACCCCCGAGAUGGAGAGGGUUAAACGCAAUCAGCACAACAUUAGCACGAUUAAAUACAAGGACUCUCUGGGUCAAGGCACGGCGAUAUCGGACCUCCCCGAAGUGAAGCGGGUCAGAGAAACCCAGAAGCACAUCAGCUCGGUGUUGUAUAAAGACAGUUCAGCCAAGGGAACCCCUGUGGUGUAUACCCCAGAGAUGGAGCGAGUCAAAAGGAACCAGGAAAACAUUAGCUCGGUUCUGUACUCCGACAGCUUCCGUAAGCAGGUCCAGGGCAAGGCCGCCUUCGUUCUGGACACGCCUGAGAUGAGGCGCGUCCGGGAGACCCAGCGCAUGAUUUCUGGAGUGAGAUACCACGAGGACUUUGAGAAGAGCAAGGGCAGCUUCACUCCCACCACCACCGACAUGACGACCGAACGCGUGAAGAAGAACACGCAGGACUUCAGCGACAUCAACUACCGCGGCAUCACCAGGCGCGUGGUGGAGAUGGAGAGGAGGCGGGCCAUCGAGCACGACCAGGAGACCACCACCGAUCUGCGUGUCUGGCGCACAAACCCCGGCUCUGUGUUUGACUACGACCCGGCCGAGGACAACAUCCAGUCCAGGAGUCUGCACAUGAUGUCAGUGCAAGCUCAGCGCCGCAGCAAGGAGCAUUCCCGCUCCACCAGCGCUCUGAGCGGCCUCGCUGACGAGAAGUCUGAAGUGUCCCAGGACCCUGAACACCACAUGUCCCUCUACAGCAACGGCUUCAUGGCUUCCUCUACCGGUUACCAGCAUGCUAAGACUGUGGAGCUGCAGCAGAGGUCGUCCUCAGUGGCCACCCAGCAGACCACCGUGUCCUCUGUCCCCUCACACCCCUCCACCACCGGGAAAACUGUGCGUGCCAUCUACGACUACAACGCGGCCGACAACGACGAGGUCUCCUUCAAGGACAGCGACGUCAUCGUGAACGUGCAGGCCAUCGACGAGGGCUGGAUGUACGGCACCGUGCAGCGCACCGGCAAGACCGGCAUGCUGCCCGCCAACUACGUGGAAGCUAUUUAAAGACAAAGCCCGCCCAUCGACCCUCCAAAGUGGGCGCGACACACACACAUCCACAGGGCCGACCUCCUGUGAACACACCUGUGGCUUUAGUGCAAUGUGUAGCCUGUAGUUAGUUUAGCUCUGUGUAUUUUAUCUGUUAUCUUUCAAAUGCUGCUCCCCCUCCCCCCUGUUCCUUGUGGAUGUGACAACAUGACACAUAUAAACAUGUCUGAUUAGGCUAUGCAUACCAUGACUGCUAUGCUAUUUUAGAUUGUUACAAUUGAGACACUCGUGGAAAAUCACUCACUUUGUAUAUUUCAAACGUAUUUAAUAUAUAUAAACCAGGCUGUAGUGCCCGAGCAAUGGGUUCAAAAGACGCCUGUAACGGAAAUUAUAUGGAGAUAAAAAAGAGAAAUGACGAAAUGGAUUAAACUCAUAAGGAGUCAGUAACUCCUCCAUGAUGAAACCGCUCGUGAAGAGUGUGUAAGACGAGCCUCAGUCUUCCCUCCUUUACACUGAAGGCUGGCCACUAGUGUGUGUGUGUUUUGUGUCUUCCGAUUAUUUAGGUCCUCUACCUUUAAUCAGUAGCUAAUAAAGCACACCGAGCUCCUGCAGCA